GUCUCCUUCCAGUCUCUAGUUCUUUUCUAUUUCAGUAUAUCUCUCUUUUCGUUCUUUUCAUUUCUAAAAUUUUUGUUUCAUUACCAGAGUCUCUCCAUUGGGUAAGCAGAAACCCUAAACCAAUUGUGGUAGAUUUUGAUUUCGCGUUAGGAUUUGUGUCUUCUCCUUCGAAUCUCAUCAAGUACUCCAGAUGGCCAAGGUAGCGAAUCUCACCGUCUGGAGGUAAUUAUCUGCUGGCCACGGAGACUGACCUGAAUAGGCCGCUGUUCCUCCCGAACUUCCUGAAAAAGGUGCUUCCGAUCGAUGCUGACCACUGGAGAGUUUUAUAGCUUUGACUUUUUGUGUUUGUUGCUGUUGUUGACUUGAGAUGGCUUCAUUUUCAGCUCAAGGUAGAGGAGGAGGAGGAGGAGAUGUUCUGUAUACAGAGCUGUGGAAAGAAAUAGCGGGGCCACUGGUUGAAGUUCCGCGAGCUGGAGAACAAGUGAUGUAUUUUCCACAAGGGCACAUGGAACAAUUGGAGGCAUCCAUAAAUCAGGAGCUGAAUCAAAGAAUUCCGCUGUUCAAACUUCAAUCCAAGAUUCUGUGCCGUGUUAUUAAUGUUCACCUGCUGGCUGAACAAGAAACUGAUGAGGUUUAUGCAAAAAUAGCUUUGCUUCCUGAAGCAGCUCAAACUGAGCCAACAACACCAGAUUCGUGUCCUCCUCAGCCUCCAAGACCUAAGCUGCACUCUUUUUCCAAGGUUUUAACUGCUUCUGAUACAAGAACCCAUGGAGCUCCUUUUGUUCAUCUACAUGAAAGCCAACUUUAUUCAACAUAUUCCAUAUUCGGACCUUCUUCAGGACAUGAACCAGGCAAAAGCAGUAACCUUUGUAGUCUAGCAAGAUGAUAACUAGCCAGCCAUGUCUAUGGACGUAUGUGCAUGAUUAUGUCACCAAAUUAUUAUUAUUUUUUAAGUUUUUUGUUCCUUUUAAUUCUUUAAUUAGACAUUUUUCCUACUACAGACUACAGUCUGAAUAAUCAGAAUCAUCCAUGGAUUGGGCAUGGUGAAAUGAGCUUUUAUUGUGGAAUGGUUUUUAUUUAACAAAAAUGUAUUGAAAUA